AUGGCGCCAAUUGCAAGCCCUCUACACAUCACCAAUCUGACGGACGGGGAAACAAUUCAUCAGCGCUGCCUCUUGGUCACAGGUACCUUUACGCUUCCCGUCGCUGAAGGCAGUUACAUCCAUGUCGCUACUAAAGGUGCCAACAACGCCCAAUCGUUUCCCGAGCAGACGUGGCCGAUAGCAGGUGGUAACUUCAAGGCUCUUGUUAUGCUCUCGCCAGGGCAGAAUAUCCUCGAAUUUGCAUACGUCUGCAAUGACUGCCUCGAACACACCAUCGAGAUGAAUGUCAACUAUAUUCCGCUCUUGCAAUGUCCACCUCUUCAUCUCGCCAUAAUGGUUGCCGCAGAUUCUCCAUGCAUCAUCGACUGCCCACCUUCAAAGGCCGCUGGGAUUUCUUCGGCGCACUCAGACCUCGACGCAGCAAUCGCCAAGGUCCGCAUGGCGGCUUAUAUGUGGCAAGCUAUGACUGCGGAAGACCUGAGGCUGCAAGGAGCUGGACGCCGAUCGUUCAGGCUGGAUGAGGAAUGGACAGCUGACACGAUCAGUCGUGACUUUCUCAAUGCGCAAGUUGACGGGGCUCUCGAUGGCGAAGGUGCCAUGCGAUCGACCGCCAAAGUCAACAUCAUUCGCUCUUCUAGAACCGUCAAAGAAAUCCGUGAUAAGGAAGUUGCACAACAGAAUCCUUCCGCCCGUCGCAGCAAUGGCUUGUUCGACUACUUUCUGGAAGCGCUCAAGGAAAGGGGAGGACCGUUUGCUUCUGAGGCCCAUCCCAUCGUUGCUGGAUUGAUUCUCGACUCACACUACAAUGUCUCGCAGAAGCUGAUCCUUGGACACGCAGCUUUGGGUUGCCAUAACCCCGACGGAAUCUCGCUGGGCAUGUUCGGUAGCCAUCUGGCCUACUCCUGGCCGCGCUUCCUAGAAGAAGUCACAGGCUGUCUUACAGAUAUCCGCAAACCUGGAGACAAGGUAGGUGAUGACAAUGGAGAGUGCAACACCAUGUGGGAAGCGUGCGCCAUUGGUCAAGGCGCUUUUCUCCAUGAAGUCGGCCAUGCACUUGGAUCGCCUCAUCGUUCAGGCAUCAUGGAGCGCGGAUAUGCGCAAGACUGGCCCAAGAACUUUCUCCCCAAGACCGCGUACUCUGGUCGCCUCAAAGCAGAAGGCGUACUUGUCGAUCCUCAUAGUACAUCUAACAAAGCUCGUUGGAAUCUAGCCGAUGCGCUCUCCUUCCGCAUGCUGCCUCAUUUCCGCCUUCCCAUUGAUCCCGUAAUCAGCGACGAAGAACGCCAUGCAUCCCCCGAGGCCUACGCUGAGCAAAUCGAUGAUGAAGGUCCAUCAAAACUCGUCAUCGGCUCAAGCAGCGGUAUCGUACGCAUCACCUUCAACCACACAGAGACAACCCAACCCCUUGGCUGGAUUCACAGCGCACCGAAGCGCAUGGAGUACAUGGAAUCCGCUCUUGAAGAGCGCUUUGACCGAUCUAAACCCCUACAACUCAACAUCCUCGCCUACAACGGCAAGGAAACCAGCAUCGGCAACGUAUGGAAGGUUCUCGCCAGCAAAACGUUCAUCCGCAUCCCAGGCUCCAAUAUUCGACUCGUAAAGCGCCUAGCCUUCCCUGAUGGGUCUAACAACGCUCGUCGAUAUGAAUGGACACAGCUCCUUCACGAGAAGGGCAAGGACGGGAAAGUGCACCGCGCCGUGUCCAUCGAUCUGAGAGUAGGAUGUCUAUGGGAUGGAGGUGUGGUGAAGUAUGCAGAUGGCCACACAAGCCAUUGGGGACCUAUGCGUACAUAUGGCAGCAAACACCAUUUCGGUGGUCACGCUUCCGAGAAGCUGCGCCUCCCCGAAGGAGUGGAGAUUACUUCUAUCGAAGUCAACCCUAGGGAUGGUGUAAGGAUGCAUCUCAGCAACGGCACAAGCGCAGGCGAGCUCAACAUGAGGCAUCACUCGGAGAUUGUGAAGUUGACGCCCAGCCCUAAUGAGGUUAUUGUGGGAUUCUUCGGCAAGAGUGAGAGGGGUGGAGGCUUUUGUGGCGUUGAGGAGUUUGGAAUUAUUACUGUGCAGAGAGAUGUGGGGAUUGCUGGACUGCCAGAAACUGUGUGGGAUAUGGAUGAGUUGAAGAAUACGAGUGGGAUGGAAGGGGAUGAGGACGAUAAUCAUUACGACCAUAAUGAAGACGACGAAGACGAAGAGAUGGACUACGAAGAUGACGAAUAG